CCCCAGGCGGCGGCGGCGGCGGGAGGGGGCGGAGCGUCCGGCACCAGUCCGAGAGCCGCUGUCCCGCCGCUGCCCCGCCGCUGCCCGCUCCUCUUCCGCCGGCCACAGAGUUCAUCCCAGGAAGUGAGAUUCUUGCUUACGGGAAGGAGUUACAGACUUGCAAAAUAAUCAUUUAAAAAAGUCCAUGCCAAAAACUCCUGUUUGCACAAAUACAAGUUGAUCUAGAGAUCUGUGUGUAGAGCUGAUGAUGAAUUGCCCGUGGUUUUGGGGAGGACACCUGUCUUGCUUUUGGUUGCAUUGGCAAUCUGAAGUUAAUGCUCAUGAGAAGUAAAAUCAGAGGACGUGAGUUACUCGGUGUGCCUAAAGACCGUGGAGGGAGCAGUGAAGGGAUAGAACUUCUCUUUGAAGCAGUAGCUUCAGCUGUAUCUUAUUGUGUGCACUGGGAACUGAGAGAAAGAGCAGCCAACCUGGGAGAAAAUGCCAGCUAAAGGUAAAUACUUCUUCAACGAAAAUGACGACUGUAGGAUAUCAGACCCACUCUAUGAGAAGUACCGCUACACAAGCCAGCAGCAUCCACUCCUCCUGCUGCUGCUCUUCAUUGCAAUCAUCUUCUGGACUACUCUAAUUGUAAUGUUUUUCAUCUUUCAUGAAGCACGUACUCAUCUUGCCUUCAUUAUUGCAGUAUGUGCUGCUCUUGUCAUAUUUGCAGUCAUGUACUUACUUUUAUGUAUUGAAUCCCUGUUUCGGAGAUGGCUGUCGUUGUUUGGAGUCACGAUUUGGAUUUGCUUCUUAAUUGUAGGAUAUGUAUCUCUCUUUGAAAAAGAAAGUGAUUAUCAACUGUGGCAACAACAGGUGCCAUUCUUUCUAUUCACAAUCUUCACAGUUUAUACCAUGCUACCCUUUGGAAUGAGAGGUGCAGUCAUCAUUAGUGUUCUUAGUGCUCUCUCCCAUAUUAUUGUUCUAAGCACUGUGGUAAGCAUGACUCCUAUGGAAAAUAAGGACUCCAUUCUAUUUCAGCUGCUUGCGAAUGCUGUCAUUUUCCUUUGUGGUAACCUGAUGGGGGCAUUUCACAAACGCCAGAUGCAGGUUGCUUCCUGGGAUUUGUACAGAUACACACUAAAGUGCAUUCAGGUCCGAAUGAAACUGAAGAUUGAAAAGAGGCAACAAGAAAAUUUGCUUUUAUCCAUAUUGCCAGCUCAUAUUUCUAUGGAAAUGAAGCUGGCAAUCAUAGAGCGACUAAAGGAAACUAAUGAUAAUAGGCAAAUGCAUGACAACAACUUUCACAGUCUGUAUGUAAAAAGGCACCAAAAUGUUAGCAUUCUUUAUGCAGACAUUGUAGGAUUUACUCGCCUGGCCAGUGACUGCUCUCCUAAGGAACUAGUAGUGAUGCUGAAUGAACUUUUUGGAAAGUUUGAUCAGAUUGCAAAGGAGAAUGAAUGCAUGAGAAUAAAAAUCUUGGGGGACUGUUACUACUGUGUCUCGGGACUACCUGUGUCCUUACCAGUUCAUGCCAGGAACUGUGUCAAAAUGGGACUCGACAUGUGUGAAGCAAUAAAGCAAGUGAGAGAGGCCACAGGAGUGGAUAUCAACAUGAGGGUUGGCAUUCACUCUGGGAACGUGCUGUGCGGCGUGAUCGGGCUCCGGAAGUGGCAGUACGACGUGUGGUCGCACGACGUGUCCCUGGCCAACCGCAUGGAGUCGGCGGGAGUGCCGGGCCGUGUACACAUCACUGAAGCAACAUUAAAUCACCUAGGCAAAGCGUAUGAAGUAGAAGAAGGGAAUGGACACCUAAGGGAUCCUUACCUUGAAUCCAUGAAUAUCAAAACCUACUUAGUGGUUGAUCCAAGGUCCAAACAAUGUGUAUCAAAUAACCACCUCCCUAAAACAAGGGUGAAUGAUGGGCUGAAGAUGCGAGCAUCUGUUCGGAUGACGCGUUAUCUAGAGUCCUGGGGAGCAGCCAGGCCCUUUGCCCACCUCAACCACAGAGAAAGUGUGAGCAGUGACUCUUCAAGUUCACAAGGAAGGCGAAGAAGGGAAAUACCCUUGUGUUCCACUGGGCGACAGAGAACUUCCGAUAGAAAUUCAUCUCAGAAGGGGAGGAUAGAGGAAGAUAUUUAUGAUGAAAUGAUGUCAACUAUUGAGGGCCUCAGUUCAACUAAUCCGUGGUGUGGCAAAUCAGAUGACUUCUGUGGAUUCUCACUGAUUUUUGCAGAACCUGGUCUUGAAAAAGAGUAUCGCACCAUUCCCAUUCUAAAACUGAAGAGUUACUUUGUGUGUGCCAGUUUUGUGUUCCUCUGUAUAUUCCUCAUACAGAUGUUUAUAAUGCCAAAAACAGCAAAACUGGGAAUUUCCUUUGGCAUUGUUGCAGCCAUCAUUGUACUUAUUUUGUUUGUGUGCUUUGCUGAGAAAUGUCUGAAGUGCUGCUCAGAACAGUGGCCUUUCCUGAACCAUCUUUGUGCUGUUUCAGAAAAGGUGGAAACAAUGCCUUUACUUAGGGUUCCUUUAGCAGUCAUCACUAUAGGUGCCUUGCUGAUUAUAGCCAUUUUUAAUUUGACCACUGAAAAGAACACAGUUGCAAACUUUACUGGAUCAAGUGACCUGGGUGCUACCGCCUCUCCUUUUGGAAACACAACUCAAUCCUGCGUUGAGGAAACUUAUUAUGCUUACUGCUGCAUCUUGGGGUUCAUUGCUUGCUCGGUAUUUCUUCAAAUGAGCUUCGAACUCAAAGUUCUCCUCCUGUCCAUUGCUGUGACUGUAUACCUCAUCAUUUUUAAUACCCUUCAGCACAGAGACAUGAGCUUCUCUGGCAACAGUACCAGGCUUUUCAUCAAAGAGCCGAGGAUAAUGACUAAUUUAUAUCUGGUUCUGUUUUACAUAACCCUAAUUUUACUUGCAAAACAGAUUGACUAUUACUGUCGACUGGAUUGUCUGUGGAAGAAUAAGUUUAAAAAAGAACAUGAACAGUUUGAAACGAUGGAGAAUGUUAACAGGCUCCUGCUGGAAAAUGUCCUUCCGGCACACGUUGCUGCGUAUUUCAUUGGUGAAAAACGAAAUGAGGACUGGUACCAUCAAUCUUAUGACUGUGUCUGUGUCAUGUUUGCGUCAGUACCAGACUUUAAGGUGUUUUAUACUGAGUGUGAUGUCAAUAAAGAAGGCCUGGAGUGCUUGCGGCUGUUAAAUGAAAUCAUUGCAGAUUUUGAUGAGCUCUUGUUAAAACCUAAAUUUAGCGGUGUUGAAAAAAUAAAAACCAUUGGAAGCACUUACAUGGCAGCAGCUGGUCUCAGUGUUACCCCAGGCCAAGAGAACAACCAGGACAGGGAAAGACAGCAUGCUCACAUUGGGAUCAUGGUGGAGUACGGGAUUGCCUUGAUGAGCAAACUGGAUGGCAUCAACCGACAUUCCUUUAACAAUUUCCGCCUGCGUGUUGGGAUAAACCAUGGCCCUGUGAUUGCAGGGGUGAUUGGUGCCCGGAAGCCUCAGUACGACAUCUGGGGCAACACUGUCAAUGUUGCCAGUCGCAUGGAGAGCACAGGGGAGCUGGGGAAGAUCCAGGUCACAGAAGAAACGAGUAAAAUACUGCAGGAGCUGGGAUACUCCUGUGAAUGUAGGGGACUCAUUAAUGUCAAAGGCAAGGGAGAACUGCGGACUUACUUUGUUUGCACUGAGACUGCCAAAUUCCAAGGGAUGGGACUGAACUGAGGCUACGAUGAACUUAAUCAAAAUAGGCAUAGAACUGCCUCCCUUCUGUGAAGACUUAGAAUUUCCCUCCUUAUGUGAAGGACUUUAUCCUAAAACCAUAGAUGAGCUAUUCCUAUUUCUUAGGCAUCUCAAGAGAAUGAUUUUUAUAUUUUUUGGAAAGGAGUUCUGAAAAGUUCCUAGAAGACAACAGAAGCACCAGGCUGAACAAGACUACCUUUAACUGAAAUACUUUGAGGAUUUACCUGGAAUUGCCUUCAAGCAGUUUCAGUUAGUUGCUUCCCUCAGCUGCACUGUGGGAGCCUUAACAGCUGCGGUAGCAACAUGUGUGGACGCACCGUAGAGCCCACGCUGCAACGUUCCCCUGCUCCGCUCUGUGCCACACGCCUGCACACAGAGUUGUUUGGCACAGGGCUGGGAAAUGGGCUCUGGGCACUGCACGUCCUGCUUGUGAUGCUGAACAGACUCAUGGCAGAAGAUGGCUGAGUAAUGGAGAGAGGAAUGCAAGUCAGCUCAAAUCCAUCCCAGGAUAAUUGUGCUGAGCUCUUUGGGAAAAAAAAUAAUUGCACAGUAUUGGAUAAUGUUUGAAUUCUUGUGGCCACCUCCAUGGUGGUACUUUGUAUUCCACAAAUGUUUUUGUGACCAACAGCUGUUCAGAAGCAACUUUCAUCUAGUUCUGAGUGUUUACAUGAUAUUCCGUGUUCUCCUUUGUAUUUCCCUGCCUCUGUAUUUACUGCACGUUUUACACAGCCACAGAAGAGAAUGGCUUGAACAUCCUGGCCUUAAGCUUUCCAUGAUACACCUGACCUGGCAGAGCACUGAGCACUGCAGCCUCUCCUGGAUGCCUGGUGAGAUGGGCCCUGGGAGCAGCUCGUGUUGCCGCCAGCCGCAGGAACCGGGCGUGCUGCUGCCUUCCUGGGGCACUGAUGGGAUAGGAAAGGGUCUGUCCUGGCUUGUUUGGAAACCAAGAAACAGACCUAAGAAGCCGGUGUUAGAAGCAGGAGCUGAUCCUGUAUAAACAGAGCUGCAUCAGAGGUGGGCUUGGAUGGGUUUUUUUCCCAAUUCUUUUAUUUUGUGUGCUCAGCCACGGGCUUGUUGUGCCUUUUAAAGGUGAUGCGGUUUAUGAAACAAAUAGGGUUUGAAGGUUGCAAAAGGGUGUAUGGGAAAAACACCUUCAUAAUGGAAACGUUUCAGCAGAGCCUCAGUACUUGAAAGUCUGCGUAGAGCAUUAGUAAGAAGAUGAGGGGAAUGGACUUGCUGUAAAUUUAGUUUGUAAAGUUUUCAAGCUGUUAACGGCUUUGGCCAAUUUCUAAAUUAGCGUUUUUCUACUUAUUGCAAUCAUGUAAUCUGUGUUGAUAGGAUUUUGUACAGCUACCAUCUUGUGCCCAAUUACAUGUAUUAGCUAAGCAUGGAACGAUUCCCCGCCCCUCGAUGCACCACCUGUAGUAUGACUGAACAGCACUGUGAUUCCUGAGGUCAGCUGCGGUUUCAAGCCUUACUCUUCUCUUCUACAAAGCAAGCAGCAUUUACUCAUGUUUCUGGGUUUAGUACUAAACCAUACUGGAAAAGUUUAAACAAGCAGUCCUGGGCAUCACUGCCGCUUUCUAAUUACUGUGUAAUUUCUUUAGAAGAUGAUAUGACUACGUUUCAAGACAGGAACAAAUCUAAAUAUUGUCCAACUGUGGAUUAAAUAUAGUGCUUAUGGCCUUUAUCGAUUUGGUAGGUCAAGACUGUGUUUGUAGUUUGUCUCCAACAGAAAGCAGCACAUUAAAAACUCUUUGUUUGAGGUUGCCAGGGUCAUGUAUGGCCUCUGCUGAAGAAGGAAGUUUCAUACUUGGUGUCUUGUUAGUAUAAGGUCAGUGUUGUAGUUGAAUAAACUUUCCAGCAGCUUUUGCUACUCUUGUAUGUUUGUAGUAACAGAUGCUCAGCAAGUGUUUGUUUUGAGAUAUUUAUUUAUUGUUUUAUAAGGACCAUGCAUGUGUCAAAGGCUCCUUUCAGCAGUCUUUGACAUCAUCUGUUAGGUAAAGUGACUAUUUGCCUUGUUAAUAACUGUUGAGAAGUGCAUUCAUUCUGCCUAUCGCUGGAGCUGGCUCCGCAGUGUUCUGUUCACAGACCUUGUACAAGUGUCAGCUGCCUAUGGAAAAAACUGCUGUGUGUAUCAGCAUUUUGAAAUGCACAUGUUUAUUUUGUUUACAUGGCAUUGCCUGUCAGGCUGGUGUAACUUCCCCUAACCUCAGUUACAGAAGUGGUGUAAGAGCCAGCGCUUUCAAACUGGAAGAGGUGGGGCCUGGGGCAGCUGUGCCAGGGCUGGAUGCGCUGUCCCUGCUCGCUCAGGGUCUGCAGUGUGCAACGCAGUCUGGAGGAGUCAGAACAAAACAGAGGUUGGGGCUGAGGCCUUCCUUACUUCUUAGCAGAACUGGAACUGUCUUCUAUCAGCUGUAUUCAAAACCAGAAAAAGUUCCAUGUAAGCAGCAACUGUAUUUAAGUGUUUUCAGCAGUCCUUGUGAGAGCAAAUUGUGACAGUUAAAAUUGAGGAAAUACCCUUGUUAGAAAAAGCUCCCUUACAGCAUUAUUAUUUUCCUUAAUGUGAACAAAUGGCACAGUGUCCAAUUUGAAGAGCUAAUAAGGUCUGGAAUUAGCAAUCUAUUUUAAAGAACAAACUCUCAGUUUUACCAUUAAAUAAAAAGAAAUCCAGAAACGUGUUUGGUUAUGUCAU